AGGUCACUUUCCUCCUUCCCUCCCCCUGCUCCCCUAGCAUCCGUCACAGCGCUGGUUGUCAUGGAGAACUCUUCAGUGGCGUCAGCAUCGUCGGAGGCUGGGAGCACACGCUCGCAGGAGAUAGAGGAGCUGGAGCGCUUCAUCGACAGCUAUGUGCUGGAGUAUCAGGUGCAGGGGCUUCUGGGAGACAAGGCGGAUGGGGACUUGGACCUGGACAAUGGUGGCAAGGUGCCACAGUGGACAGAUGACUGUAACAACAAGAAAGAUGGCAGCUGGACGUCUUCACGGGGAAGAGGCUCAACCAAGCCAGUAAGUGUUUCUGCUGGGUUCCGCUUAUUUCACAGCUUUGGAGGUGACCAUUAA